GCGCAGGCGCAGUGGGACGAGCGCUCCGGAGCGCGGGAAGCUUUUCGUGAGCGGUAGGUGGUAUCCCUUCCUCUGAGGCUGCUGCUCCAACGCCCGGGUAGGGGAGGAAAGAUGCCGGCCACCCAGAAGCCCAUGCGGUACGGACACACAGAAGGACACACGGACGUCUGUUUCGAUGACUCUGGGAGCUGUAUUGUGACUUGUGGAAGCGACGGGGAUGUGCGAAUCUGGGAAGAUUUGGAUGAUGAUGACCCCAAGUCCAUCAGCGUCGGCGAGAAGGCGUAUUCGUGUGCUUUGAAGAACGGAAGGCUGGUCACUGCGGUGUCUAACAAUACCGUCCAGGUGCACACGUUCCCCGAGGGAGCGCCCGAUGGCAUCCUCACGCGCUUCACCACCAAUGCCAACCACGUGGUCUUCAACGGGGAUGGAACCAAGGUCGCCGCUGGGUCAGGUGAUUUCCUCAUCAAAAUUGUGGACGUGAUGGAUAGCAGCCAGCAGAAAACAUUUCGAGGACACGACGCCCCUGUUUUAAGUCUUUCUUUUGAUCCUAAAGACAUAUUUGUGGCGUCAGCCAGUUGUGACGGGUCUGUUAGAGUGUGGCAGAUUUCAGACCAGACGUGUGCUGUUACUUGGCUGCUGUUACAAAAGUGCAAUGAUGUGAUAAACGCAAAAUCCAUCUGCAGACUUGCUUGGCAGCCGAAAAGCGGGAAGCUACUGGCCGUUCCUGUGGACAAAUCUGUGAAGCUCUACAGGAGAGAAACCUGGACUCAUCAGCUCGAUCUCUCGGAUAGCGCCAUCUCGCAGAGCCUCAAUGUAGUAACCUGGUCUCCCUGCGGGCGCUAUUUAGCUGCAGGAAGUAUUAACGGCCUAAUUAUAGUUUGGAAUGUGGAAACCAAGGGCUGCAUGGAAAGGGUGAAACAUGAGAAAGGUUAUGCAAUCUGUGGCCUUGCCUGGCAUCCUACCUGUGGUCGCAUAUCUUACACUGACGCAGAGGGCAACCUAGGGCUCCUGGAGAAUGUGUGUGAGCUCAGCGACAAGGCGUCCAGCAGCAAGGUUUCUAGCAGAGUGGAAAAGGAGUACGGUGAUCUUUUUGACGGCGAUGAUACCAGUGAUACGGAUGGCUUUCUAGAGGACAGCGCAGUUGAGGUCUCUUCUUUUCCGAAAGGGACUGUAAACGACGAAGACGAUGAUGACCUGAUGGUGGCCUCAAGUCGUCCUAGACAGCGAGGUCACUUCUUGGAAGAUGAUGAAAAUUCAGUAGAUGGUACAGUGCUGAAAUCUGCUCUUCUCAAGGAGGAGGAGGAGGACCUCGCGGGCAGCUUGCAGGAUCUGCCACCAGUGACGUCCCAGAGGCCGCUGUGGGACGGGCCCAGGCCGACUCCCCGGCAGAGGCCGUUCCAGUCGGGGUCCACGCCCGCGCACCUCACUCACAGGUUCAUGGUGUGGAACUCUGUUGGAAUUAUCCGCUGCUACAAUGAUGAGCAAGACAACGCUAUAGAUGUGGAGUUCCACGACACCUCCAUACACCACACGACACACCUGUCAAACACCUUCAAUUACACGGUAGCGGAUCUUUCCCACGAAGCUGUUUUGUUGGCGUGUGAGAGCAGCGAUGACCUCGCAAGCAAGCUCCACUGCCUGCACUUCAGCUCCUGGGACUCCAGCAAAGAGUGGAUGGUGGACAUGCCUCCGCACGAGGACGUCGAAGCCGUCUGCCUCGGUCAGGGCUGGGCGGCCGCCGCCACCAGCGCCUUGCUCCUGCGAUUGUUCACCGUUGGGGGUGUUCAGAAGGAGGUCUUCAGCCUCCCGGGGCCCGUGGUGUCCCUGGCAGGGCACGGAGAGCAGCUUCUCAUUGUUUACCACAGAGGUACAGGAUUUGAUGGAGACCAGUGUCUUGGCAUGCAGCUGUUAGAGCUGGGGCAGAAGAAGAGGCAGAUUCUGCGCGGAGACCCUCUUCCUCUCUCAAGGGGAGCCCGCCUGACCUGGCUCGGGUUCUCGGCUGAAGGUACCCCCUGCUACGUGGACUCUGCAGGCUGUGUUCGGCUGCUUAACAGGGGGCUGGGCAACACGUGGACGCCCGUGUGCGACACCCGAGAGCACUGCAAGGGAAAGUCCGACCACUACUGGGUGGUGGGCGUCCACGAAAACCCCCAGCAGCUCAGGUGCAUCCCUUGUAAGGGCGCUCGGUUUCCCCCGACCCUCCCACGCCCCGCGGUGGCUGUGUUGCCCUUUAAGCUGCCGUACUGUCAGACUGCAACGGAGAAGGGGCAGAUGGAGGAGCAGUUUUGGCGUUCAGUUAUAUUUCAUAACCACCUGGAUUACUUAGCCAAAAAUGGGUACGAAUAUGACGAGAGCGCUAAAAGUCAAGCAGUGAAACAGCAGCAAGAACUUUUAAUGAAAAUGCUUGCGCUUUCUUGCAAACUGGAGCGAGAAUUCCGUUGUGUGGAACUUGCAGAUCUAAUGACUCAGAAUGCUGUGAAUUUAGCCAUUAAAUAUGCUUCUCUCUCUCGGAAAUUAAUAUUGGCCCAAAAACUUAGUGAGCUUGCUGUAGAGAAGGCAGCUGAAUUGGCAGCCGCUGAGACAGAGGAGGAGGAGGAGGAGGAAGAGGAGGAUUUCAGACAAAAGCUGAACGCCGGUUACAGUAAUACUGCCACGGAGUGGAGCCAGCCCAGGCUCAGAAGUCAGGGGGAAGAAGAUGCUGAGGACAGAGCAGCUGAGACAGAAGAACACCCCGAGCUCCCCAAGCACGGACAGAGCUUGUUUUCCAAGAGUGCAAAUGCCUCUGAUGUGCCUGCCAUUAAGUCAGGUGCGGUUACUCCUAGCAACCAAGGCCGAGUAAACCCCUUCAAGGUAUCAGCCAAUUCCAAAGAGUCAGCCCGGGAUGCAAACCCGCCACGUUCGACAAAUAUUUUAGACAGUAUGAGCAAAUCGUCCAGGAAACCCAGUGCAGCGAGUCGAGCGGCCAGUAGCGAGAAGUCUCCGGUUAUUAAGCCUCUGAUUCCAAAGCCGAAGUCCAAGCAGGUCUCUGCAGCAUCCUUUUUCCAGAAAAGAGCUUCUCAGGCCGAGAAGACGGAGGGAGUGAAAGAAGAAAACCCUAAAGACGCGCCACCUGACGCCCCAUCCGCCUGUCCUCCAAACCCUGAGGCCGCGUCACCUGGCGCCCCAGCCGCGUGUCCUCCAAACCCCGAAGCCCAGAGGCCGAAGACUGGGUUCCAGAUGUGGCUGGAAGAAAACAGAAGUAAUAUUUUGCUUGACAAUCCUGAGUUUUCAGAUGAAACAGAUAUAAUAAAGGAAGGAAUGACUCGAUUCAGGGUUUUGUCGGCUGAAGAAAGGAAGAUGUGGACUCACAAGGCCAAGGGAGGAGCCGCCGGCCAUGGAGUUGAAGCGGAGAAGCGGAAACGCGUGGGCGAUGAGUGUCACAAGGAGGACCAGGAGGAAGCAGCGGAGGAGAAUCUGCAUUUGCCCAAAAAGCAAAAACCUGCCGAUCCUCCUGCUGAUCAGAAACUGUCAGCCUUCGCUUUUAAGCAGGCGUGAAGGGCGGAAGCACCUGGUUAAGGCAAUGAUGUUUGCUCCUGUUCGACGAAUCUGAACUUUUUCUCAGUCUUUAUUGUAUGCCUGACUACACUCGAUGUCCAAGGAGCCUCAGGACGGCUCUCGUCUGUGUAAGAUAGUGUAGCGCACUGGUGCAGCUCGGAAGUGGAGCGCUUCUUAGCACGUGUGAGGCCCUGAGCUUGGCCCCAGCACCAGGGAAAAAGGUGUGCAGGAAGUGACACUUGUAAAAACAGUCAAUUAUUCUGCCCUCAGAUGGAGCAGAACCGUUACGAUUGUGAUCAUUUGUUAGAGACCACCCUCGGGUCCCACUGCAGGCCAGUUUGGUUGGAUGUUUUUGUUUUUUGAGGCAGGCUCUCACUGUAGUUCAGGCUGGCCUUGAACUCACAGCAGUCCUCCUGCCUCAGCUCCCUGAGUGCUAGAAUUACACCACUGUGCCUGCAUUGAUUAUUAUUUUCAGAAAUAUUCAAAGGCACCGUCUUCACAUCUCUGCACGUGGAAGUACCUUCCAGGAAUUUACUGACUUGAUCUGUGCCGAGUCCUGGGGAGGGCCAGCCGCGGGUCCUCCCAGGCGUGCUGCCGGAGACUCCGUCCUGCGUCUGCAGCGGCCUGAGAAUGUUGUUUCUUCUUGAAUACGGGCCCUAAACCUGUAAAUACUCUUGUGGAUGAGACUUUUUCUUUGUUGUGUUUUGGAACUUUGUUAUAUAUUGCUGUUUGUUGUCUAUCUGUAUAGCCUAUUUUUUUUUCCUAGAUAAAUAAAACGUUCUUGUUUGCAUAUUUGGCUUAAUAUGA